CCGCCAGACAAUUUGCCGCCGUUUGGAAGAGAUGGUAAUAACAAACAUUAGCAGAGACGAAAGACUCUCUCCUUCACUAUUUUCUUGAAUCAUAUUAUAAUGCAACCAAGAGUAUCAACGUUUGUAUAUAUAAAUUGAACGAUUCAGGACUCGUUGAGUUUAUCAAUUUAGUUUAUUUUAGUGUUUGGUUUAUACUAAAAUGAGUGAAAAAUCUGGGAGCUCUGCCGUUGAUUCUAAAAGCAGUAGAGACGCCAUCUGCAACGCCGGUGCCGGAGCCGCCGCUGGUCAGCUUUCGGUUUUAUCUCAUCUUUAUCUCGAUUCUUGGUUGAUUUUGAGAACUUUCUCAGGCGCAAUCGCUGCCACUUUUGUUUGCCCAUUGGAUGUGAUCAAGACAAGGUUACAGGUUCAUGGCCUUCCUGAAACUCGAAGAGGUAGUGUGAUCAUUACAAGCCUAGGGAAUAUACUAAAGAAAGAAGGUAUUAGGGGAAUGUAUCGAGGCCUUUCACCAACCAUCAUAGCUCUCCUUCCCAAUUGGGCUGUGUACUUCUCUGUUUAUGGAAAGUUAAAGGAUCUGCUCCAGUCAAGUGAUGGAAAGCUAAGUAUUGGGGCGAACAUGGUAGCUGCAGCUGGUGCUGGAGCUUCCACAUCUAUUGCGACUAAUCCACUUUGGGUUGUGAAAACAAGAUUAAUGACACAAGGAAUGAGACCAGAUGUUGUACCUUAUAAAAGCAUGUUGUCUGCAUUUAGUAGGAUUUGUAAGGAAGAAGGAUUCCGAGGGUUAUACAGUGGUGUUAUACCUUCUUUGGUGGGAGUUAGUCAUGUUGCGAUCCAGUUUCCAGUAUAUGAAAAGAUCAAGCAAUACAUGGCAAAAGUAGGUGAUACAAGUGUGGACAAGUUAAGCCCUGGGGAAGUAGCGGUCGCCUCUUCAAUAUCCAAAGUAAUCGCCUCUGUAUCAACAUACCCGCACGAGGUAGUUAGGUCAAAGCUUCAAGAGCAAGGGCAAGUAAGAAAGGUUAAGGCUAAGUAUUCAGGAGUCAUUGACUGCGCAAAGAAGGUGUUUAUAAAUGAAGGAGUUCCCGGGUUUUACCGAGGCUGUGCCACUAACCUACUGAGGACAACACCUUCUGCGGUUAUUACAUUUACAAGCUAUGAGAUGAUCCAUAGGUUUCUUGUACAAGUAGUCUCUCCAGAGAAGGAAAGUUAAAGCCAUAAAAACAGAUAAU